UAAUUAUUAUGCAAAAAAUUCUGAAUUUUAGGGAAUAUUUUUUAAAUCCUAAAGGAAUUAAGAUUAUACCAACUUCAAAUUUCAAGAGAGCUACACCAGUUGAAAGAUUGUUUGAUUAAUCUGUUGUAUUACAUAGGGCAGAGAAGCAAUUGGAGAAAAAUGUUGUUGUAUUCAAAUUGUAGCCAUACAAAUAUUCAUUAAAUAAACCUGAAAUAAAGCAAUAUUUUACAAAAUGUAAAAGAAAAUGUUUAAAAUAAAGUGUAUGGAUUGAAUGUUGAUAAAGUGAAUACAAUAAAUUAUAUGGGAGCAAUAAAGAGAUCGCCAAAAGGAGGUCGUUACAGAGAGAGAGAUUUUAAGAAAGUUUAUUUAUAAUUAAAUGAAGAUAUCGAACCAUUCUUUUAAAAAAUAGAAAAGUGAUUUUAAGCAUAC